AGGGAGGAGGAGGAGAGGAGGAGGAGGAGGAAGCGGCUGGGGAGGGAAGGUUAAAUGGCGGCGCUGCUCUGCCGGUUUUUUCCUUUGGCCUCUGCGGCCGGCGGCCAACUUUUGCCUGUUUCUCCGCUGAGUGCAGUUGCAGUGAGGUUUGCAUCAAAGAAGUCUGGAAGCAGCACCAAAAAUCGUGGAGGGAAUAGUCCAGGGAAACGCUAUGGUGUCAGAAAGCUGGACGGAAUGUUUGUUCACGCUGGCAACAUAUUGGCCACACAACGAGUGAUUCGCUGGCACCCAGGGGCUCAUGUGGGGAUAGGCCGAAACAAGUGGUUAUAUGCGCUCGAAGAUGGGAUUGUGCGAUACACCAAGGAAGUCUAUGUGCCAAAGCCCCGCAGUAAAGAAAACAAAGAAGUGAUUUGCCAGUUACCUAAAGGAGCUGUACUGUAUAAAACUUUCAUCAGCGUUGUUCCCACUGCAGAGGUGGGGAGUUUCAAGUUGGUCCAGAUGCUCUGAGACUUUGAUGGAUGUCCCCAAGCUUACAGCAAAGAACUGCUCAGGUUGAUCUGAACCCCAGUAUAUAAACAGUUCUGAAACACUGCUAUAAUUUUGAAUUGACUUUUGUUGUUCAGUCAAGUGCUGUUGGCUGAUGACUGGAAUCCAGGUGGCAUUUGGAAAACCCAUAGGAAUGGAUCAAAAUACAUUUUGGGCACCUCGGAUACAUUGUCAAUGAAACAGAUGUUGUCAAAUUUUGUUUUUCUAAAAUAAAAGGGCAGCGCUAUGCUCUCACCUAUGGCAGGGGGCUUUUUCA